AUGCACGAAAGAGUUGCCAACCUCGAAAAGGUAAUCGCACACCUCGCACGAACGUUGGAAUCAUCCAAAGAACCUACCAAAUCGCCCACCGAGCAAGGCGCAAGGAUGGAAAACCUCCCGGUGGCCGAGAAAGGUUGGGGAGCCACUGACGGAAACAACGUGAUGGACCGCGCUAGCUCAGGAUCAGCUACAGCUUUACGGUUGGAUCAGAUCCCACCAUUCCCUAAGGAUGUCCCAGCUAACAAGCUGUGGGAAGCCUGGCAACGGUUCAUCGAAAACUUUGAGUUGGCAGUAUCGUUAACCAGCGCUUCCGACCCCGUUAGUCGGGCUAAGCUACUCUUCCUUGCCAUGGGACCGGAUUUGCAAGGCAUCGUUAGAGCUGCCAAGCUACGGCCAAAUCUCGACAACUCUGGUUGCUAUACCAGAUUUGUAAGCAACGUGGACACGCACUUGAAGUCGAUGACCGACACGUCAUCUGAACACGAGGCUUUCAUUGCGAUGUACCAGAUGAAAGGUGAGUCUGUCGUUACCUUUCAUUCUAGACUCACAGAAAAGGUAAGGUUAUGUGGAUACAGCCCAGAUGACCAAGACCGCUUCGUUCGAACGCAGCUGCUCAAAGGCAUGCGCAACAGAGAGUUGGCCAAAACGGCUCGUACGUUUGGGUACGACAUUAAUUACAUUGUGCAAUCCGCAUACGAGACAGAUAACAGACCGGACGACAAUCACGAACAAGCUGCCUAUGCCGUAGCCCAUCGAGAUAACGAGGAAAGGCGCUACGAAAAAAACGUUCCGAAGGCGCAAAGUCGUGUAGGAUCGAUGGGACCCGACCAGAAAUCGGCAAGAUAUGGUCAGGGUCGGCGUUCACGAUGCUCGAGAUGUAACCGGCUUUCUCAUUCGGGAAACCCAUGUCCAGCCGUCAACAAGAGGUGCAAUAGUUGUGGAACCGUUGGGCAUUUUGCGGCAGCUUGCCGUAAAAGACGCGUCAACCAAGUACAAGAAAGCCAGAACGAGAAGAGGAAGCGGCUCGAUUCGACGGAUUGGAACAAAGAUGAAAUUGCUCAGCAGGGUAUUAACGCUAUCACGAUCGAAGACGUCCUAGUUGAUUGCCGGGUAGGGUCGUCAAGUCCUAUCUCCUUCCUAAUUGAUUCCGGAUCCGACGCGAACAUAGUAGGGGGAUCGGACUGGGCAAAGCUAUGCGCACAGUCACGCAAGGGUCUUGUAAAUCUCGUGUCGUUGACUCUCCCAGAAAACCAAGAAAUUCGAGCAUACGCUGUUAAGACUCCAAUGACAGUUCGUCAUGCUUUUCGAGCUGAAAUCGAAGUAGUUGGAGCUACGAAACCAAUUGUCUCGGCUGAAUUCCUAGUGGUUGAAGAGGGCCGCAGAUCCCUUCUCGGAAGAUCUACAGCAAACGAGAUGCGCCUAUUAGAAGUCGGAUUGGGAGUCUAUAAUUGCGAUGAGUCAAGCCCUAAUGAGAUGUUCCCGAAAAUGCCAGGUAUCAAGGUCAAAUUUAGCGUGGACAAAUCCAUUCCGCCGGAGAAAAACGCGUAUUAUAAUGUGCCGGCCGCGUACCGAGAAGGGGCGAGGCAACGCUUGGAGGAAAUGGAGGCCCUUGGUAUCAUAGAGCGAGUCAAUACCGCUCCAGAGUGGAUCAGUGGUAUGUCGGCCGUGCCGAAAGGCAAAAACGACUUCCGUCUGGUGGUGAAUAUGCGUUCACCAAAUAAAGCCAUUAAGCGUGAGUAUUUCCGGCUCCCAUUGUUGGAUGAGAUCAAGAUCAAAUUGCAUGGGUCUCGUUUUUUUACGAAGCUGGACCUAAGUAAUGCCUUCUACCACCUUGAGCUCGCUAGGGAAUCACGGGAUUUGACCACAUUUCUCACGGAGAGUGGCAUGUAUCGAUUCACUCGGUUGAUGUUUGGCGUUAACUGUGCUCCCGAGAUUUUCCAGCGGGAAAUGAGUCGACUACUUGAGGGAGUUGAGAACGUUGUCGUCUAUAUAGAUGAUAUUCUCAUCUUCGCGGAUACACUGGAAGCUCUACGCUCGACGACCGCAAAAGUCCUGAAAAUCCUUAGAGACAACAAUUUGACCCUGAACGUGGCUAAAUGUGAGUACGAGAAAACCUACAUGAAGUUCCUGGGACACGAACUCAACGAGAAUGGAUUCCACGUGGAUGAGGCGAAGAUCAAAGACGUCCGGAAAUUUCGACAACCUACUACGGUAUCCGAGCUCCGCAGUUUCCUGGGAUUGGCAUCGUUUCUAAGCUCCUACAUAAAGAACUUUGCGGACAUAACAAGCCCUCUCUGGGCCGUGUCCACAACUCAAACUUGGUCUUGGGGCCCUGACCAGGCGAAAGCGUUCGAGGCUGUGAAAGAUCGAAUCACCAACUGCACAACUACUUUGGGAUAUUUUUCUGAACAUGACAAAACUAUCCUCUAUACAGACGCGUCUCCAGUAGCACUCGGUGCAGUCCUUGUGCAACAAAACGAACGCGAACCACCAAGGGUUAUCAGCUUCGCUUCAAAAUCCCUAACGCCAACAGAGCAAAAGUACGCUCAGAACCAGCGAGAAGCCUUAGGUGCAGUUUGGGCGGUGGAACAUUUUUCUUUUUUCCUCCUUGGAAGGCAUUUAACAUUGCGAACUGAUGCCGAAGGGGUCGCGUUCAUCUUGAAGAGAACCCGAGAAAGCUCGAAGCGUGCUCUCACUAGAGCCGACGGUUGGGCACUCAGGCUGAGCCCCUACGAUUACGACGUCGAAUUCGUCCGAGGUCGAGACAAUAUUGCAGACCCUUCGUCCCGGUUAUACGUUGGCGUGGACGAACCUUUCGACGAAUAUCGGAGCCCGUGGGAAAUUGGCUGUUUGGAGGUGAACGCUACGGGUUUUCUCACCGAACACGAAAUCAGAGAUGCGACAGCAACAGAUCGAGAACUGUAA